AUUUCAAUAUAUUCUGUGAAUAAUUAUAGGUUAUUAUGGUUUAGUCAGUAUAUUGAAGUAUAUUCUGAUUUUUUGUGUGUACAUUAAAAGGAAAAUUUCAGUGUGCAUUUCAUUUUGUAAUGAUACCCAUAAUAGUUCUUUUCUGUCGAAAAUUAUGAAAAUUGUUGAACAAUCUGUCGAAAAGACACCAAGCAAUUUGCCUAGUGAACAAAUUCAGAAUUUUAUUGCUGAAGAAAAGAGCUUUCAAUUCCACAAGAUCAAGAUUGAAGAUAAAAGUACCGAUGAAGAAUUUACUAAUGGAAAUCAAGUUCUUAGUGAAGAAGCAUUUAUAAAAAACAAUGAGAAUAAUAUUGAUAAUCACUAUGAUACAGGUUUUUCACCAACAAAUAUGGAAAUUGGUGGACAACCUGUUAAGAUAAAAACAGAACCACCUUCCAGUGAUUCAACUCAAGUUUUCGAACAUGUAGAAGGGAGCUUUGGAACAUGUAAGGUUGAACCUGGAGAAUCAGAUGCAGUCGAAGACUUUGUUUCUCUAAGCGAAGUACAAAGUUUUCCUCCUACCUUUAAUAUGAAAGAAAAUGCUGAAGAUGGAAGAAAUUGUCAAUUAAUUCCAAAACAAGAGAUAAAAGAAGAAGUUCUCGAUUCACAACAACAGGAUUCUCAGUGUAGUGAGUCUUCCUCUAAAAAUAAACGUAAACGUAAAGAUAGUGCUCAUUCGAAUAUAAAACCAUACAAGUGUGAUAUUUGCAAUUUUUCCUCAAAACAUAAAUGCCACCUUUUGAGACAUAUAGAUUCUGUCCAUUUGAAUUUGAAGCAACAUAAGUGCGAUUAUUGUGAUUUUGCUACAAGUCGAAAAUCAGACCUUAAAUCGCAUAUAAAUACUGUUCAUCUAAACUUGAAGCAGCACAAAUGCAAUUUAUGUGAUUUUGCCACGAAUCAGAAGUGUCGAUUAAAAACGCACAUAGCUUCCGUUCAUAUGAAUUCAAAGCCGCAUAAGUGUGAGAUAUGUGAUUAUUCUACCUGUUGGAAAUCAGAUCUCAAAUCGCAUAUGAAUAAUAUGCAUCUAAAUUUGAAACAGUUCAAAUGCGAUACAUGUGAUUUUGCCACAAACCGAAAGUAUCAUCUAGAAUCACAUGUAAAUUCAGUUCAUUUGAAUAUAAAGCAUUCUUGCAAUUUAUGUAAUUCCUCUUUUACUCACCAAAAUGCUCUAAAAGCACAUAUGGAGUUUGUUCAUUUGAAUACGAAACCGCACAAGUGCGAUUUGUGUGAUUUUGCUGCGCAAUAUAGAUGUAUUCUAAAAAAGCACAUAGAUUCUGUUCAUUUGAAACUGAAGCAACAUAAAUGUGAUUUAUGCGAAUACACUACAAACCAUGUCACAUAUCUCAAAUCCCACAUAGAUUCAGUUCAUUUGAAUAAAAGGCAUUUGUGUGAAUUGUGUAAUUCCACUUUUACUCAUAAAGUUACUCUCAAAAGACAUAUAGAGUCUGUGCAUUCAAAUUCAAAACAAUACAGAUGUUACCUAUGCGAUUUUGCUACGAAUCGAAAAGUUAAUCUCAAUAGGCAUGUAGAUUCCGUUCAUUUGUCUACAAACCAACAUAAGUGUCAUUUAUGUGAUUUUGUUUCGGAUCGGAAAGUUCACGUUAGAAGCCAUAUCAAUUCUUUUCAUUUGAAUAUAGAUCAACAUAAGUGUCAUUUGUGUAAUUUUGGUACGAAUUACAAGGCCUAUCUUGAAGCACAUAUAAAGUCAGUCCAUUUAAACUUGAAAGAAAAUAAAUGUAAUUUGUGUGAGUAUGCUACAAACUGGAAAUCUGAUCUUAGGGCACAUAUAGAGUCUGUGCAUGGAACUUCAUAUUCUUUACAUGAACCUAUAGAUUCUGUACAUGAACAUUCAGUUUCUAUGCAUGAACCUCCAGUUUCUGUCAAUGAACCCUUAGAUUCAGUGCCUGAACCUCCAAAUUCUGUGCAUGAACCUUUAAUUUCUGUUCUUGAACAUUCAGAUUCUAUUCAUGAACCUUCAAAUUCUGUCCACAAACCUUUAGAUUCUGUGUCUGAACCUAAAGAUUGUGAGCAUGAACUUUCAGAUUCUAUACAUGAACCUUAUGUUUGUAUUGUCAAAGAUGACGAAGAGGGAUUUAAAGUACAAAAUAUCAAGACUGAAGAUAUAGAUAUUGUCGAAGAAUUAAUUGAUAUCAAUGGAGAACAUAUUGAUGGAAAUCAAGUUCAUAAUAACAAAACAUCAAUACAGAAAAUUGAAAGUAAUAUAAAUUCCACAAAUACAUCAGAAGAAAAUACUCUUCUAAAAGAAUAUUUGGAAGACAGGAAAGAUUUUGUUAACUUCAAUUUGAGACAACACAAGUGCAAUUUUUGCGAGUAUACUACAAACAAAAAAUCUCGUCUCAAAAUUCAUGUAGAUUCUGUUCAUCUGAAUUUGAAGCAAUAUAAGUGUACAUUAUGUGAUUACUCCUCAAAUCGGAAACAUGAUCUUGGUGUACAUGUAGAUACUGUUCAUUUGAAUUUAAAGCAUCAUAAGUGUACAUUAUGUGAUUACUCUACAAAUCGGAAACAUGAUCUCAGUGUGCACAUAGAAACUGUUCAUUCUGAUCUGAAACAGCAUAAUGAGCAAGUUUGCAAGCAGGAAGGGAAUUAUGAAAACCAUAAUAUGAAGGCUGAAUAUUUAGAUGUUGUAGAAGAAUUUAUUGAUGAAAAUCAAGUUCAUAAUAGAAAAGAUUUCAUUGGGAGAAUUGAAAAUAAUAUGUCCACCCAUGAGUCAUCCUUACAAAAUUUAAGAAAAAGAAAGGAGGAAAUUAAUAGAAAAGAGUGUGAAAUUGAUUCAAAACAGCUUAUUGAGAACCAAUUUGGGGGCUUUCCCCAACUCAAGUGUCAUCUAUAUAAAAAUACAUUAGUAAUAUUGAAUUUCAUUUAUUGUUCUUUUCAACUUGGCUUUCUACUUUCCGGCACCUUGAGUAGCAAAAUGGAAAUUGCUGGCUACUCUGUAGACAAAAAAUCAAAAACAUACUUGAAUGAUUAUGUGAGAGAUUACAAAAAGGAAGAUACAUAUGAGAACCCUAAUGUAAAGAGUGAAGAUUUAAACUAUGUUGAGGAAUCUACUGAUGGAAAUCAAGUGUAUGACAGAAAAUAUUUCUUUGAGAAAACUGAGGAUAAUGUUAGUUUUAGUGUCUCAUCUGCAAAAAAUAUUGAGAAAAAUGUCCCUUUUUCAUUUGCAACAGAGAUAAUUCUGGAGAAAAUAGAAAGAAAUUGUGAAAGCAAAAAUUCCAAUGAAAUUAUUUACACAAAGAUUGUUGAAGCAGAACAAUAUAAGCAUAAUCUUUUUAAGUUUCCUCCAAAACAAACAAAAAAUAUGAAUACAUUUAUUAAUUCGAAGCCAUAUAAGUGUCACUUCUGUGAUUCAGCUUUCAGGAGAAACUCUCAUCUUAAAUCACAUAUAGAUUCCGUUCAUUCAAAUUCAAAGCAAUACAAAUGUCACAUGUGCAGUUUUGCUACCAACCAGAAAUCUAAUGUCAAAAGACACAUUGAUUCUGUUCAUUUGAACACCAAGCAACAUAAGUGUUAUUUAUGUGAUUAUGUAGAUAAUCAAAAAUCUAAUAUUAAAACUCAUAUAGAUACUGUCCAUUUAAAUUUGAAGAGACACAAGUGUCACUUAUGUGAUUAUGCUUCAUAUAAGAAAAGAAAUGUUAAUAUACAUAUAGAAGCUGUUCAUUUAAAUUUGAAACAAUUUAAGUGUGAUUUAUGCGAUUAUGCUUCACAUCGAAAAAAUAAUCUCAAAGUACACGUAGAAUCUGUCCAUCUGAAUUUAAGGCAACAUAAGUGUGUGAUAUGCAAAUUUGCUACAAAUCAUAAAUAUCUUCUUGUAAGACAUGUGGGUACUGUUCACUCAAAUUUGAAACAAGAGUCAAAUUACCAUGAUAAAAAGCUUGUUGAGGUUUCCAAAGAUGCAGAAUGUGAAACCCAUAAUGUUAAGACUGAAGAUUUGGAUAUUAUCGAUGAAUUCAUUGAUGGAAAUCAAGUUUACAAAAGAAAAAGUUUCAUUGUAAAAGUUGAAGAUGAUGUGAAUUCUAGUGUCCCAUUUGGACAAGAUAAUGAGAAAAAUGUAGCUUCUUCAUUUAAAAUGGAGGAAACCGAAACCAAGGUGAAUGCCCAACAAAGAAGAAAUAUUGAGAACCAUAAUUCGAAACAGGUUCUUGACAGAAAGAUUGGCAAUUCACAACAACAACAUAAGUGUCAUCUUUGUGAGUUUACUUCUAAACGAAAAUAUGAUCUCAAAACACAUGUAAAUUUUGUUCAUUUAAAUUUGAAGCAACAUAAGUGCCACUUAUGCGAUUCUGCUUUCAGGAUAAGAGCUCAUCUCAAAUCACAUAUAGAUGCUGUUCAUUCAAAUAAAAAGCAGGAAAAGUGUCACCUAUGUAGUUUUGCUACGAAUCGUAAAUCUAAUCUUAAACAACACAUAGAUUCCGUUCAUUUAAACUGCAAGCAACAUAGGUGUCAUUUAUGUGAUUUUGCAGCCAGUCAAAAAUCUAAUCUUAAAUCACAUAUCGAUUCUGUCCAUCUGAAUUUGAAGCAACAUAAGUGUCACUUAUGUGAAUUUGCUUCGAAUCACAAAGUUCACUUAGAAGAACAUAUUGAAACUGUACAUUUCAAUAUAAAACAACACAAGUGUCAGUUCUGCGAUUACUCUGCAAAUCAAAAGGGUCUUCUUAAGAAACAUAUGGAUUCUGUUCAUUUGAAUUUGAAACAAUUCAAGUGUCAUUUAUGCAAUUCCGAUUUCAAUCAGAAAUAUGAUCUCAAAUCUCACAUAGAGUCUGUCCAUUUCAAUUUAAAGCAACAUAAGUGCAAUUUGUGUGAUUUUCGCUCUAAUACAAAAUCUAAUCUCAAGUCACAUGUAGAUACUCUUCAUUUAAGUGUAAAGCAACAUGAGUGUCAGUUAUGUGAUUAUGCUUCAUAUCGGAUAAAAUCCCUCAAAAGACAUAUAGAUUCUGUUCAUUUAAAUUUGAAACCAUAUGAGUGUGAUUUAUGUGAUUAUGCCGGAAAUCAAAAAUACGAUCUCAAAGCACAUGUUAAUGCUGUUCAUUUAAAUUUGAAGCAACACCAGUGUAAGAUAUGCAAUUAUGCUUCAAAUCAGAAAAAAUAUCUCAAAAAACAUUUAGCUGCUGCUCACUCAAAUUUGGAGCAAAAUAUAAACACAACCGUUAACGUAGCAAUGGCCAAAUUUUCUGUUGAGGAGAUUACAUAUGGAAACUAUUCAAAAAUCUGUAGGUGCUGCAUUAUUAAUGAAGGAGAAAUGGAUGUCUUCGAAGCUCAUGUAGAAGACUUGCCUUUGUCGACAAUCAUAUUUACUUGUACAAAUGAGAUGAUAGCCAAAAUAGAUGGAUUGCCUAGGUCAGUUUGUAAUGCCUGUGCGCAAAUUCUUAUAAAUUAUUAUUUUUUCAUUAAAACAUUCAAAGAAGCUCAAACUAAUAUCAAGUAUAUGUAUCAAGUGUUUGGAAAUAAGAAUGGAUCAGAGAAGAUCAGCAAUUCUCCAGUUCAAAUAAAACCUAACAUUAACGAGAGUAAAACUAAUGGGAUCACUUUUUUUGAAGGAGAGAAAAAAAGGGUUCUUGUAGAAUUAAAUUCAAAAUAUGGAAACUUUGUAGAUGCGAAGGAAGUUUCAGAAGAAGCAUUAAUUGAAGAUGUUCAAAGCUCUCGGGAUAUUGACUUAGAAAACAUUUUCCUUGAUCAAGAUACAUCAGAUGAAGAAGGUACAAAUGGCAAAAAAAAAUUCUGUAAUCAAAGUAGGAUUGAAGUGGACCCACAUCUGAGAUCAGAUUUGGAUCUUCAGUGCUUUCAGUGUUUGGUAGUUUUUUCAUCUAGAAUAGAUAUGGAAAAGCACUAUGAAUCUACAGGUCAUACUAUGGCACCAAAUUAUAAAUGCAGUAUCUGUUCCAAAGCUAUAAGUAAGAGAAAAGCUUAUUGGGAUCAUAUGGCAAUGCAUCGACAUCUAAAGAAAAAAUCAGUUUGUGAAAUUUGCGGAGCAGUAGUUGUUUCUUUACACUUAAAACGGCAUAUGCUAGUUCAUCAAGAAAAAUCCCACAUAUGUCAAUAUUGUGGAAAAGGUUACGCCCAAAAAAAUACCCUUACAGACCAUGUUAAUCGUAAACACAAAGGUGAAAAAAAGGAUAUGAACACACUUUGCUUCGUAUGCGGAAAAUUAUGCAAUGAUUUGAAAGGCUUGACUUCGCAUUUGAAUACUCACACUGACGAGAAAUGGAAAAAGCUUCCUCAUCACUGUGAAGAAUGUGGAAAGCAUUUUCUGAACGCACAGUCCUUGAAUACUCACGUAUAUAUGGCUCAUAAAAUAAAAGAAAGAGUUCCAAAGCAACGUAAAAAAUUUCAAGGGUACAUGCAGGAUAUUCUAGGAAGAAACAGGAUGAGUGGUAAUACAAAGGAAUCUAAAUUAAAGAUAGCAAGAGAUUCAGUUGAAAAGACUGGCACUAAAAGAGAACCCCGUGAAUGCCCAAUUUGUCAUAAAAUUAUUUGCUUUUUAGGUUAUGGCAGACAUUUGACCACACAUACUGGCAUCAAGCCACAUCAGUGUAAAUAUUGUCCAAAAAGUUUUCGUUUAUUUUCAAGUUUAAAAUCUCAUAUGUAUGUCCAUUUAAAUUUGAAGCCAUUUGAAUGUGAUGUUUGUGAUCAAAAGUUCAGACAUUACACUACUUUGAAAGUACAUAAAAGAGUUCAUACAGGUGAAAAACCAUAUGUUUGUUCUGUAUGUACGAAAGGAUUUCGAAGUGCUUCUGGAUUAAAAAGACAUCAGAACCAAAGACAGCACCAUAUGCCAAUAUUGAAUAUUGAGGAAUAAAUUUCACAAUUAAAUGACAAGUAUGAAAUUUUGUACCAGAUUAAAUGCAUUUCCUGAUUAAAUACUGUUUAUACUCAUUCUCAAAAUCUUGUUUCAUUUAAAUCUAUCUAAUUUAGGACAAUGUGCAAGUGGAAACUACUAUUGUAUGUGCUUUUAUUCUUGUAUUUAAUCUCUUGUUAGAUUAUGGCUUAUCAAUGUACUGGUGGUCAGUGGAAUCGAUUUUUAGGGUAGAUGGAAGAUUCAUAAAACUAUUGGUGCUAAUAUUUGUUUAUGAUACAAUUUCAAAGAUACUCUCUAUCCAUUUCUAACUUUUUCCUUUUCUUAUCUCUGGAUCUUGGGAACCAUCUAUGCUUAGUUGUGUGAGUAAUGUUCAUCAGCUCUAGCCUAGCUUGCUCCGGUGUCUUUUUGUUGAAUAUUUCGAAUAAUUCUGGAGUUAAUUUUGUUUUUAAAACAGAUGUGCUGCAUUCUUCCACUGAAUUUACGAUGGGUCUGGUACAUUCAUAGGGAAAAUCCUCUUGUGGAUGCCAGGAUAUGAAAGUACUUUGAUCCUUAGAAAGCACAAUUGUUUUUGAGCUUUCUUUG